AACUCAGGGUUUCAAAAACAAAAYWCACCAGCGCCYCCGCUUCAGCCUCAGGCUCCGAAGAUAAGCUAACUAUCUGCAUGUUGUCUGUGCUAAUGUGCAACAUGUGCAAACUCAGCGUCAGUGUAACUUGUUUUAAUCAUGACUAAUGCUUCACAGGACCGGAAGGCUCGUAGGCUUAAAAUGACCCCGURAGCCUGCUUGCUAUCUAGCGGAGGGACGUGCAGAAGCGAGAGGCUCACUGCUGCCCACUAACUAACACCAGCUACGGGUAGUCUUGACAUCAGCUUCCCUUCCCUGAAGUUCCUCCUCCGCUUCCGUCUUUAUAUAAGACAGUUUGGCGGCUCUCUGAAACACGAGCCGGUUUGUCAUCCCCGCGGAGUGAAACGAAGACGUGGAAAUCUUGCUUGUUCAUGUUUCGCCAAGAGGUCAGUGUGGCGUCAUACAUUCCAUCUUGCUUGUAUCUUUUCCAACAAGAGGAGAGGAAUAUGUCCCGGUACAACAUAUACAGCCUGCUGGACUGGAUCUACGGCGGGGUGGACCCCAAGUUCGAGGGCAACGGGGGGCCCGAGUGCGCAGCCUUCAUCGCGCCCCAGCAGCGGCUCGUGGAGACCCUUCUCAUCGUCCUCGUCUUCCUGGUGGAGAUCGGCGUCGCGCUCAGGAACAUAAACGUGUCCAGAGAGUUCAGGCUGGUGGGAAGGGACAGCCGAACGAAGGAGGACUGCCUGGGCAAGAACCUGUUGCUGGUMGCUCUCUGCAUGACUUUUGGAGUGGAGGUCGGGUUCAAGUUCGCCACCAAGACUGUGAUCUACCUGCUGAACCCCUGCCAUGUCGUGACCAUGAUCCAGAUCUUUCUGCUGGCCUGCCCACCAUGUAAAACAGCCAUGGUUGUGUUUCGGCUUCACGUCCACAUGUUGAACGGAGCCCUGCUGGCGUUAAUGUUUCCUGUCGUCAACACCAGGCUGCUGCCGUUUGAGAAGGAGAUCUACUACAUCCAGCACUCCAUGAUGUACUUAGUUCCUCUCUACCUUUUCAGGAAAGGAGGAGCGUACAAGCCCGAGCCUCUGGGGGACAUGUGGUGGGCUCUGCUCUCCACCGGGAUCCUGUUCCUCUACCACUUCCUCUUCCUGCAGACCCUUGGCCUGGCCACUGAGGUCAACCUGAACAACAUGCUYUGUCCGGCCGUGUCCGACCCCUUCUACGGACCCUGGUACCGGGUGUGGGCCGCGGGCCACCAGACCCUGCUGACCCUCAUCCACGGAAAGCUCCUCACACUCAUCUCCCAAUACAGCGGCUCCAUGUGCAGGACCGGGCUGGACGCGCUCCGCCUGCGCAGCAAGAAGGUGGAUUAACCGUCCCACCUGGACCCGCCCCCCCUCCCCAGGCCUCUCGCUCCGAAAAAACCUGCUCCUACCGCUCGAUUGGUUUUUAAAGCGUUGUUUUCGUGGAUCUUUUUAAGACGUGGAAACGGCGCGGGGGCCGGUUUGGGUGUCCUGCAGGUGGUCCUGCACGCACAGRCGUGCAUUUUAAGGCUGAGGAGCUGACCGGGGAGUCGUUUGGAUUAAAACCUCCAGGUGUGUGUAAACAUAGGAAGAGUUCUCUCGCUGGACUUGUUUUAAAAGACAGAAAACACCUGAAUGUCUCAGAUGUUCCCUUCAGUUUAUCACGUAAUGUUUCUGCUACAUGUUUUAUUGGGUAAAGCUGCCAUUUCGUUUGUCUCAAGUGCGCUUUUUUUUUGUUUUUUUAAGCAGAUUGUAAACGUGAGCUGUUGUAAAAGCUUGUGACGAUGUUCAAUCUCAGUGUUGUCACCUGUAAAUGUAAAAACAAAACAAAUUAGGAAUUUUUUAUUGUUCAUGUUUGCUCUCGUCAUUCCAGUAUGAUAAUCAAGAGAGCCGAGGAUUUAUUUCAUGCUGUAAGUUCUGGUUCUCCUCUGGGACGGUGUGUCCCCUCUGCAGAGGAACUUGUGUUUUUAGUGUUUUUAUUGUAGUCUUUAUAUAUUCAACAAGGUGUAACCUUGAUUUCACUUUUUAGGAUAAAUAUCAGUGUCCAGUACAGGAAGGAUGUUGAUKAAAUGUGUAUCUGUGCUGGAAUUCUGUGACACGUAAAGUCAUUGCUUGAUCGUCAGGUAUUCUGUCGAAGCAUCUUAAAUCUGUAAUAAAACUCACUGUUAAAUAUGUGUCAAAUAAUCUGCAUGACGUCUCUGUGGGUCUUUUAUUGAUUUACCUCUAAAUAAACAGGUAAUUAGAUGAUGUUGGUCAUGUAUCACAUUUCACCAAAGAGUUUCGUUUUACUGUAAGAAACGUUUACUUGUGUCAGUUCAAAGUUUUGUCAACAAUAAAAGGGAAAUUCCCAUUGACUGAA